AUGGUAGCACACACAUUUCUCAUCACUGGCGCUUCUUCUGGCAUUGGCGUGCAAAUCGUCUAUGCUGCUCUUGCGGCUGGUCAUAAAGUGUUAGCCGCUACUCGCAAUCCCCAGACAGCGGCCGCCAAAUAUCCCACAGUCCAGCAGCAAGGCGGGCAAUGGGUUGAGAUAGAUGUUGACAAACGCGAGACAGAAGCUACUGUUGAAAAGCUUGUCAAAGAGAACAGUGUUGAUAUAUUGGUCUGUAAUGCUGGAUAUGCAAUGCUAGGUCCUCUUGAGGAGAUGAGCAUCGAUGAAUUUGAGGCUCAACUGCAGACAAACACUAUUGGAGCGGUGCGCUGCAUCAAGGGCGCCUUGCCUCACUUUAGGAAGAAUGGCGCGGGAACUAUUGUGAAUGUCAGCAGUUUGGCUGGCUUCUAUGGUGCCCCUGCAACCACCGCCUACACGGCUUCUAAAUUCGCUUUGAGCGGCUUCUCAGAAGCUCUGGCGACUGAAGUAGGCAUUUUUGGCAUCAGAGUCAUACUUGUUGAACCAGGCUCUUUCCGGACCAAUUUGGUUACCAACCUGGUAGUCCCCGCGCGCAAAAUAAAUGAGUACGAUGGUACUCCUGCCAGAGGGCUUGUGGAGUAUCAGCAUGCGUCAGAUGGCCAGCAGCCAGGAGAUCCUAUCAAAGGAGGGAAGAAAAUAGUAGACGUGGCAACGGAUGUAGCAGGCGAGGAAUUGGCGAACAAAGGAAAAGGAGAAGUUUUGCGAGUUCUCCUUGGAUCCGAUUGUUUCGGUGUGGCGAAGCAAAAGCUGAAAAAGGUGGAAGAGCAAUUGGAUAUUACAGAGGAGAUUGCCAAGAGCACAGAUUUUGUCUAA